AUGGGGGACCUGGAGUGUGGCUUUGAGGAGAUGCAAGGAGUGAGGCUGGGAUACCUGCUCAUCCAAGGCAAGCAAAUGUUUGCUUUGUCUCAGGUCUUCACCGACCUGCUUAAGAACAUCCCCCGGACCACGGUGCACAAGCGCAUGGACCACCUGAAGGUGAAGAAACACCACUGCGACCUGGAGGAGCUGCGGAAGCUCAAAGCAAUAAACUCUAUUGCUUUCCACGCCGCGAAAUGCACUCUGAUAUCGCGGGAGGACGUGGAGGCUCUGUACUUCUCCUGCAAGACAGAGCGGGUGUUGAAGUCCAACAAAAGGAAAGCGAAAGCGGCGUGUCCCCCCGGGGAUGAGGACGAGUCCCCGGGGCGUCUUCAUGCGGAAGCCGAGCUGUGGAAGGAAAAAGUUUGGUUUAGUUUGCACGGCGUCCCCGAGACUCUCACGCUGCACAACAAAACGGACAGGAGGAGAGAGCCGACUCCUUGCCUUACCGACUCCAAACUACCUCAAUUUUACCACAAAACCCACGGGCGGGAAUACCGUUUGGUGACCAAGUCCAGUCACAAACACUUUAAAAACUAUGAAACUGCAAAAAUAACUGGGAACCGCGUUACUUUGAGCCAAAGGCAAUCGUUUUUCCGGACCUCUGUGAGCCGGCAGCCAGUGGUGCUACAGUCCGCCAUAGCUGCUCAGUCCAGGCUCUCGCGCUCAGCCGGCGACCUACUUCACAAAAGGAAGAGGAGGCGCGAGGGGGGCGGCGGCAGGGACAGCGCGAGGCACUCGUGGAGCAGGAGCAGACACGCGCACCACGUACCACCGGUCCUGCUCGUACAGCCCAAAUCCUCCAGCGGGCACGCCACUUCUUUUGGCGCUUUACACCUAAGUUCGGAUUUUUAUCUCGACCCCAGACCCCACCAUCAUCACCACCACCAGCACCAUCAUCAUCAUCACCACCACCACCACGAGCCCAAUUUCCCCGAGAGUUACAGCAGCGACAGCGAGUCGAGCACUGCCUACUCAGACCGAGCGUACCCGGACUCGGACUUUGGCUCCGGUUUCUCCACCAGCAGCAACUCCGGGAGCUCGGAGGAGGAAGAGGAGGGCGAGGAGGAAGAUGAGACGCAAUCGGAAAGUUCAGAGGUCAGCUCAGACGAGGAGGAGAGCUCGUCGCAGUCCGAUUCCAGCUCUGUUUCGAGUAGGGUUUCGGUGCAAAGCAUCCGGUUCAGGCGGGCCCGGGUGGGUGCUCUCCCCAGAACUCUCCACUCCAGUAAAGCGCCUUUGGUGCUGGAGCCCACGUUUCACUACAACAAUCAGCAGCAACAAGAGAAGCAGCAAAGGACUCUGGGCAACAUUGCCCUUUCACAAACAGGGUACAGCAAACAGGAGAGGCGUCAGAAAUGUGAAUUAAUUUGCAGUGAAACAAGAAAGGACUUUGGACCUUUACACCCACCAAAAUUCGACGCAAAUAUUGUUAGAGAGAGAUUUUUCUCUGAGUCAAAGAGGGAAAAGACGUACGAGGCCGAACCCCAGGACGAGCUGACCUCUCAUUCACUGGUACCCAACCGUAAUAGGGCCUUUUACCCCUCGCGGAGGACACCGGGACUCCCCAAAAAGUCCCCCCCUGGACUGUGCUGCCAGUGGGAAAACGACAACGACGCCAAGCCUCCCAAAUCUUCCGAGAAAAGAGAAGCGAAAACCGCCGGCCUAAAAUUGCAAACUCCACUCAAAAAAAUCAAGACCGAGGCGGAGGAGACCUCUGUGUCCUCCUUCCCCCUCUCUGAAAGUGGCAGGACAACCUGGACGCCCCCCUUUAACCUCAAGAAUGUGAAAAUUAAAGUGGAGGAAAGCUAUGAUGAAUAUGAAUACCACAGUCAGACCGCUGGAGUCCACUGUAAAGGAGACAAGACAGAACAUUGCCAAUAUCUCAGUGGAGCCAUCAAACAAGGGGACUGUUACGCAGACACGGGUCCCGACGGUGUCUCGAAGUCUCCCUGUGGCCCUCAGGAAUGUAGGAGCACCCGGGACUCCCCAUGUAUCGGGGAGGGGGAGCACAGGAGCCAAAUAUGCAGGGCUCCGGUGCUCGGACGUAAGAAGUCCCGUCUUUCAAGAACGCAAACAAAACAAAACGUUCCCAGGGUCAACAAAGCUGCCUCUUUUUUUUCUUCUUCUUCUUCUUCCUCCUCCUCUUCUUCGUCUUCUUCUCCUUCUUCUCGUCCCGAGGAGCCAUCCACGGAGGAUUUAUCGAGCAGACGCAAACAACGCAGCAGCGCCAGCUCUGCAGCAGCAUCCCCGUCUACUAAAACGCCUUUCAGCCUGAUGGCCAAUUUCCCAUCUCCGCCGUCACUGGUUGUUGGCAACGACGGGGAUUUGUGUCCUGCUUACUCCCUGAACUCGCUGAGGGGCCCCGGGCCUCCCCCUCUGUCCCACCCCGUGUGGAGGUGGCAGCCAGGCGGCCAGAUUCUCCCUCCCCCACCCGCUCAGAGAACUAGGAAAUAGGCUACUGAGAUAAAGCAGAAAAACAAAAGCCCCAAACGUGUCAACUACAAGCCCAACAGCAGCCCGAGUCUUAACGCGAGCUCAUCAAAACUGCUCGCAACUUUCUAAGUUUUGUAUUAUUAUGCUCCCCCUUUUUUUUUUUUUUUUUUUUUUUU